UCAGCAGUUCAUAGUCAGGGGAAAGAAACGGCACACGUACUGGCAUGUCUUCAGGAAAGCUCAUCUUGCGCUUCCAUUGUGUAUUAUAGCAUUCAGCUUCUUCGCCAGUAUGGUGUCUGUCCGGGUCGAUCUAUUCUGAACUCGAUUCUCGUCGGUUCAUUACGGUACUCGUCAAAUCUCACAUGUGGUCUCCUCGACUACAAAUUUUUGUGGUUCGGACGUAAACGAGCUCACACCGCUUGUCAACUGCUCGUGCUCGCAUCGUUGCUAAUUUCAACAGCGAUCUUCUACAGUGGCUAUGGAGCAGAAUACGGUGGAGUUGUGAGAGUGUGCGUUCUCAUAGUGUGCGCUAUGGCAUCACAGCUAUGCAGCCGAUUAGGAAUCGUCGUUGCUCCCCACGUGUUCUCAUGGGAAGAAAUAUGGCACUACUUACCCUACACAUUCAUGAUCGUUGUUACCGUAAUGGAUGUGAUCUUAUUUGAGGUUGUGUUAUCCGAAACGAAGAAUAAGCCACUUGAAGAUCAUAUUGCUAAGAGGCCGAAAAAGUCGAAUGCAGGAGUGGCAUGA